UUUGCAUGAUAACUGAUGGCUGUAUUGACGAGGCAGAUUCUUUACACAUGAACAGCCGAGAAGUCAAUCUUCUUGGCGUAUGUAGUAACAAUAUCCUUUAUCGGAUCUAGGCUUCCGAGCAUUUCCUAGAUCAUUGCUUUCCCUCUGGAUCCAGUACGCGUAACAGGAAUGCGGACAUUUCUCGAAAUUCCAAUAUAGCUUCGAGAGAUGGUUUUUUCACUUUUAAGAGCAUCCUCUGUUUUCGUAAACAACGCUCAUCUUCCGUGAAUACCGUUCAGGAAAAGAAUUGCCAAACUGGUCAGUCAGCUGUCCCCAGCAACACUCAAAUAGAUCUUUCCAGGUAUGUCAUGACUAGGGCCGUGGUUGUCGAAACCGUUGUGAAUUGAACAGCAGAAUGAACGCCUUUGUAUGUGGCGACCUUCGUGUUAUUUGCAGUGAAGAUCGCGACCUAAAUACUGGCUUUAGUUCACGUUUCAACCUAGAUGGAUAUCCAGUCCCUUUUAUUACCCUACCUUUGUAUUCAGACGUGCAGUCACCGGAAAAUGGCAAAAACUGAAUCAAAUGCACGAAUGCUACUUAGUUGGCAUGAGGUGGAUAAUACUAUCAGGAAGAUGUUAAUAUGUUAUCUCAGACUUCAACAGAUGGGAAUGCAUGCAAAAGGAAGGACCGUAGCACGACAGAUGGACAUGUGUUGUGUUGACGACUUUUCUUCUGUUUUCGUUAUCCAUCCCUCUCGAACGCACUUGUCUAGCUUCUGGCGAGUUGUUGUAAGGAAAGGACUAGUGCGCUGCUAGAGACCUUCCACAUCAUCCCACAGACUCUCUGUCAACGACGUUGUUUCACCCUGAUGAGCCGUGCGUUGUGGAAAGGGCAGCCUGGGAACCGUUAGUGGUUCCCCUGAGUAGCUUUGGGCCUCUGUUGUCUGAAACCAGACACGGAGUUGUGUGUCUGUGGAAACAAACACGAUACUGUCUGCUUGUCAUUUUGGAGGCGAUUCACAGUGUCGCUCGACAGGUGUCUUGACACCGCGGCGUCUUCGCAAAAUAUUGGAGGGAGCAAGCAGCACGCAACUGUGCUUGUUUGUUUCUACGCCCCAGGCUGUGAAUGUCAAUUUGUUCUAGUGAUUCGUAGACGCCACAAUGCGAUUCCUUUCUCAAUGUUGUGUAUUUGCGGGUUUCGCCACCAGGGUUUGUUCUCAAGAAGCUAUGGGAGAAUUUCCACACGAGGCGUUCGAAAAACAGGCGGGGAUAGAACCCGUUGGUGCUGAGCACGACGACCCGGCCUCCCCAUGGUUACACAGGACAUCCGUCAGUGUCCAGCCUGCCGCUGCUCCCGUUUCAAGUUUCCUGCCACCUAAUGUCCCACCUUCCGGUGUUAUUCUGGCCAACGGUCCCGGCAACGUUCAAUCAUACCAAGUCCCAGGCGUCGGUAUGACUCUGGGAGCUGGAAAGAAGAUUCCUUUCAUUUUAAUCAACAACGUUGCAGCAAGUGUAUCACAGGAGGCGGCUCAAAUUCCGAGUUCUGAGCAAGCGGAAAUGACCAGGCUUUGCGUGAACACAAUGGGACCCGGAUUUGUGUAUUCACCAGCAAGACAUCUCUGCGAGCCUGCCGCGGCAGCAGCAGCAGCAAGCGUCGAGGAAGUGUGAUAGGAUCUGCGUUGGUAAUAUGUUCCUGCGUGAGGCGGCCGCAUUUGGCAACUGCCGCUGCACUUCCAGCCGCAAUUAUGUGUUCUGAUUGUACGAACUAAAGACGAAGAUGCCACUUCUCUAUCUCAGUGCAAAGCCAUAGAACGACGAACGAUACGUCAACGUUCUAGUUAUUCUCACGUGGCAUGGAACAGGGGCGAACGCAUCUAGCGCUGUCCACCCUUUUUGCCUGUAGGGAGCACGCGGAAAACGGGUAUACCCGCUUUGGGGGCAUUCAGAGUGUGUCCCCGUAUAGUUGCGUAUGGAAACUCCCGCCGUAGCUCUUCAAUCUCCUCGUGGCCUGUUUUUGGC